AACACGCCCCAUCGUGUUGGUACACUUCCGGUUGUCGUCAUGAAGAAGAGCUAUUCAAGAGUGUAAACAAAGUUAUCAGUUCCGUGUUCUCCAUUGCGCGUUUUUCUCCUGUCCAUGAAUUUUAAUAUAUUCAACUCCUUAAGCUGAAUGAGCAUGAAGUCUGUCUCCUCAUUGCUCCAGAAGUGCACGUUUCUGCUUGCCUGUAGCAGUGGGGGUGUGGUCAAGCGCCGGUCUGUGACAGGAGGGCGGAGCCAGGGAAGUAACACUCCAGCAUGAAGAAGGUGAACGUUGUCGUAAUUGGGGCAGGGGUGGUCGGACUGUCCACGGCAGUGUGUAUAGCUGAGGCGUUGCCCUUCUGCACCGUCACCAUACUGGCUGAGAAAUUCUCUCCAGACACCACCAGUGAUCUUGCUGCUGGGAUCCUUUUGCCCAAGGAGAUUCCAGGGAUUCCUCUGGAACGUCAGCGGCGUUGGUUUAAAGGCACAUUUGAUCAUCUGCUGGCAAUUACUGAAUCACCGCAGGCCUCAGAUGCAGGGGUACUUCAGAGCUCAGGAUAUGAGCUAUUCAAAGAGGUCCCGAGUAUCAUAAAACCAUACUGGGCUGAUAUUGUGUUUGGAUUUCGGACUAUGACUGAUCGUGAAAUGAAGAGAUUCCCUAAUCAUAAGUAUGGCCGAGCUGUAACCACUAUGAAGUGUGAAAGCCUCAGAUACUUGCCAUGGCUGGAGAAAAGGUUGACAAAAGCAGGCGGUCAAAUGAAACGAGAGAAAGUGACUGACCUUCAGCAGCUUGCUCGUAGCUACGAUGUCAUCAUCAACUGCUCAGGCCUCGGCUCCCGUUCUUUGGUAGGGGAUGAGCAGGUCCACCCAAUACGUGGCCAGAUCAUCAAAGUUCAUGCACCCUGGCUGAAGCAUUUCGUUCGUGAUGGAGAUGGAAGUACCUACAUCUACCCUGGCAUUGACUACGUCACUCUGGGGGGUACACGGCAGGUGAAUGUCUGGAAUUUGGAGGUGGAUAAGGAUGACAGCAAGGGCAUUAUGGAGCGCUGCAGUGAGUUUGUACCAUCGCUAAGGACCGCUCAGGUCCUUGGAGAAAAGGUGGGGCUGAGACCUGGCAGGAACAACCUGCGUCUGGAGAGAGAAUGGUUACAGGUUCAGGAGCACCAGGUGCUGUUGGUGCACAACUACGGCCAUUCCGCUUGGGGCAUUGCUCUGAGUUGGGGCACUGCACUGGAGGCAUUGGACUUGGUGAGGAAGAGUCUGCAUGAGAAACCACCUCAUGCCAGACUGUGAAUGCACAGAAAUAGUAUAGGUAAUUACAAAAGCUCCCUGGUCAAAAAAAAAAAAACUAUACAGCAAGGCUUUUUUCAAAGGGGAACAGUAAAAUACCAGAGGGCUAGUCACCAAAAUAUUAUUUUAAAGCUCCAAUACAUGCAUGCACACGUAUACACACACACACACACACACACAAAAUAUAUACACUGAUCAGCCAUAACAUUAUGACCACUAACCGGUGAAAUGAAUCUUGUUUAUCUUGUUACAGUGGUGCCUGUCAAGGGGUGGGAUAUACUAGGCAGCAAGAGAACAGUCAGUUCUUGAAAUUGAUGUGUUGGAAGCAUGAAAAAUAGGCAAGCAUAAGGAUUUGAGUGACUUUGACAAGGUCCAAAUUGCAAUGGCUGGAUGACUGGGUCUGAGCAUCUCCAAAAAGUCACAUCUUGUGGGGUGUUCCAGGCAUGCAGUGGUUAGUACCUACCAAAAGUGGUCCAAGGAAGUUUCUGUGCGGAGUUUGCAUGUUCUCCCCGUGUCCGCGUGGGUUUCCUCCGGGUGCUCCGGUUUCCCCCACAGUCCAAAGACAUGCAGGUUAGGUUAACUGGUGACUCUAAAUUGACCAUAGGUGUGAAUGCGAGUGUGAAUGGUUGUCUGUGUCUAUGUGUCAGCCCUGUGAUGACCUGGCGACUUGUCCAGGGUGUACCCCGCCUUUCGCCCGUAGUCAGCUGGGAUAGGCUCCAGCUUGCCUGCGACCCUGUAGAAGGAUAAAGCGGCUACAGAUAAUGAGAUGAGAUGAGAUGUAUGGAAUUACUAUGUGGUGAACAAAAAAGUGUUAAACAAAAUAUAUUUCAUAUUUUAGAUUCUUCAGCGUAGCCACCAUUUACCCUGAUGAUGCUUCGCACAUUAUUGGCAUUACCUUAACCAGCUUCAUGAGGUAGUCACCUGGAAUACUUUUCAUUUAACAGCUGUGCCUCAUCAAAAGCUAAUUAGUGCAAUUUCUUGCCUUCUUAAUGUGUUUGAGAUUAAACAGUAAACACUAAAUAAUACAAAUACAGUAAAUAGCCCUAUUCCACAACUGUAGUAAUCCAUAUUAUGUCAAGAACUGCUUGAUUAAGUAAAGAGGAACGACAUCCAUCAUUACUUUAAGACAUGACGUGUCUUUUAAUUAAGAAAAUUUUUUUAAAAACCUAUUGAAUUAGAAGGUGUGUCCAAACUUAUGUUUUGAAUGCAGCCAGUGAUUGUAGAAACAGUCAUUUUCUAGUUGCUUUACAGUUAUUGAAUUAAACAAACACAGGCGUAUUUCUGUACGGCUCCUUUCCAUGUUGUCAGACACUUAUAAUAACAUUACAAGCCUGUUUGUGGCAAAAACAAGUGGUUUACUUUGACUUGGAUGUUUGCCUGAUAGGAUUAUAUUGUAUGGCCAUUUUGCAGUUGCCGGUUAUACCAUGGUAACUUGAAUACUACUCUGAUUUCAAUUGUUUUAUUUUUUCCCAUAGUAAAUAAUUGGACACAGAGAGAUGGGAAAAUAGGGUCCAGGAUAAAACAAUCCCAGAGCUUUCCUUUAAGAGGUAGAUUAGGAACAAUAAAAGGAAAUGGACUGAAAACAUGGAAGAAGAGUCUGAAAAGGCAGCAAGGCAGCAACACAUAAAAAUUCUUUAUGGCUUGACUAAAGUACUUGCCAAUGAGAGACCUAGGCAGAGCUUUGCACUACACGAAAAUAUUUGUAAGAGUCUGAAUAAUAAAUAAAGUCAAAUCAGAUGUUGGCAAGAGCAGUGAAUAGAGGCACCCCCCAGUGAUCUGAUUAAAACAGCAGACAUGGAACUACCACAAGAAAUGGACGAAAUAGAUACAUCCCCACUAAACAUAUCUGAAGUAAAGGAAGUGAUCAAAAAUCUAAAGAAUGGAAAAAGCAGCAGGCGUCGACCAAAUACCAGUAGAAUUGCUGAAAGCGGACAUCGAUUGGGUUACUAUGAAAAUUCAUAAGAUCAUCAGUGUUAUGCGGGAAGAGGAGCAAACACCUGAAAAGUCAGGAAAAGGUCCGACUGUAAUGAGUGAAGAAUGUAGAACUGAGUGGUUCAAAGUCAAAACAGGAAUAACAGUUUGAGCCCAGUGGCCGACAGGGGCCUUUCUGUGUGGAGUUUGCAUGUUCUCCCUGUGUCUGCAUGGGCUUCCUACAGGUGCUCUGGGUUCCCCUACAGUCCAAAGACAUGCAGAUUAGGUUAAUUGGUGGCUCUGAAUUGACUGUAGGUGUGAAUGUGACUGUGAAUGGUUGUUUGUCUUUAUGUGUCAGCCCUGCAAUGAUUUGGUGACUUGUCCGGGGUGUACCCCGCCUCUCGCCCAUAGUCAGCUGGGAUAGGCUCCAGCUUGUCCUCAACCCUGCAUAAGAUAAGUGGUUAUGGAUAAUGGAGGGAUGGGAGAAACAGUGAACGGGCAGGAAAUGGAAGAUGUGGACAAGCUACAGUUUCCAAGCAAGGAGGAGGGACAGAAGACAUUCAUAGCAGAACAGCUUAAGGAUACACUUAGCCCAUGUUUACAUUAGACCGUAUCAGCGGAUCAUCAGAUUAACGUUUUUAAAACGAUUAGUGUGCACACAGCAACACCAAUACACGAUUUGCGUGCACACAGCAACACCAAUACACGGAUACGCUCGGCUCCGCAGGCAUCCUGCGCUCCAAAUCACUCCGCCCUGAACAGCGAGUGCCCUCUGGAGGGUGUGCACUCCGGCCCUGCGCAGCUCACAGAGUGCGCGAGUGUAGUGCACAAGCAGUGAUUCGGGACUGAGACGCUGUGUGUGUGAUCCCAGCGCAUAUCACUUACCACUUGCAAGUGGAAGCAUGGCAAGCCUAAAGACAAUCAUAACUACACAAUGGGCAGUAUUUGCAUCAGUAUUUGCAGUAUUUUCAUACUUUUAUACUCUUUAAUGAAAGGUGAUACAAGGCGGAAGUCCGCGCCGUUUUUCAGCAGUCGCGUCACAUGACCAACGCCAGCGAAUCAGGAAGGUGGAUGUCACAGUGACGUUGUCCAAUGACGACGCCAGCUAGAGCUCAGCACAGCGUAUCCGUGUAUUCUCAAUGUUUACACAGCACCGGAGCUGACAUGAUCUGGAUUGAAUACGUGGACCCUGGCGGAUUCCCGUUUCCCGGCGUUUCCAGGCGGUUUAAUGUAAACGGACAGUGCAUCCGCGAAGAAAACGAGACAGAUACGGUCUAAUGUAAACUUCGCCUUAGAAGAUGGCUCUGCACACACAGUUUUGCCAUGAUAACUUUAGGAUCGUAGUUGUUGUGAACAGUUUUGCACUCAAGUCUUCAUCAAUGAACAGUUGAUAACGUUAAUAAAAUAAACUUCAUGUCAAAACUAUAAUGAAUUUCCUGGUUACACAAUUGUACUUUUUGACUAUAUAGGACAGAUUUAUAGAAGUGACUUAUUUAUCCAUCCAUCCAUCCAUCCAUCCAUUAUCUGUAGCUGCUUAUCCUGUG